GGACAGGCAGUCAUCACACCGGAUUAGAAAGGGAUCCAUCCUUCCCAAAUUGGUUUGAUCUGCAAAACCCUAAAACCUUCCCAAUUCCAAUGAACAUUCCGCCGACAAAACCCACACCGCAGCCUCCGCCGUCGCCUCCGCUCUCCGCCAUCGAGAAAGGCGAAUGCGCCAACUGUGGCUCCAAGGAGCCCUGGCUCUUCCACCGCGUGAUGGUUCGCGGCAUGGACAGGCGCGUGUGCACCUCCUGUACCCUCCGCCUCCACCCAACGUGGUUCUGCCCCUCAUGCUUGGAAUUCUUUGACCACUCUCCCUCUUCCUCUUCCUCUUCCUCUUCCACCUCAACGCAACGUUUCAUGUCGUGCAUCAAAUGCCUCUCCUCCACACACCUCUAUUGCAUCCCUUCCCCUCCUCCUCCUUCUUCUUCCUUCCUCUGCAUUCCUUGUUCCAAACCUAACUUCACCUUCUUCCCCAAUUCCAAUUCACCCAUCGAUAAAACCCUAGCUCUCGUCCUCCUCUGUGCCGCCAAAAUCUCCUGUGUUUCCAUGGCUAAGCAUCUCUCCACUGUCAGAGCCAGAGCUGAUAGAGCUGUACGCGAGGCUGCCAUGGCUAGAAAGAGGGCCAAAGAGGCUUUGGAUCGUUGCGCUGUGAUUGAGAAGGCUAAGCGCGUCGAGGGUUCACUCGAGGUUUCUGCCUCCAGAAAUUUGGGGGUGGGAAUGGGAAAUACUAAUAAUAAUCACAACGUUGUGGUGUGUAAAAAAGAGGAAUUUAAUGGGUUUAUUGGAGGACAGGGUAAUGUUAGGGUUCCUUCCGAGGUUUUGCCUUUGCCCCAACCUGGGAACCAAAAUGGGGCUAAUGGGAAUGAUGGCAAUUUAGAUUUGGAACGUGUACGAAGUUGUGGUAGAAUAGUUGAUAUUGGCUCUGCUACAUGAUUCGGACUUGUCAAGAUAGAUGAAGCCAGUGACUGUUUCUAGUGUUAGUGCUGUGGAAUUCUGAGUAAGAAUUAAGAACAUAUUUGACUUGUUUUGGAAUGUUUUUCUAAGGCCGUUCUCUCACAGCUGAUACUUUUCCUGUAUCCAUUCCAUUUCCCUUGUAAAGUCUCCGUUCCAAUGUGACUGUGCAAUUCUAUUGUAUUUUAAUUGACCGGUUGUAAUUAGGUUAUGGGCAUUUUUUCCCUGGUAGUGAGUAUUAGGUUCAGAUGUUAGUCCAUUCUUAUACUUUCUCUCUCCAUUUUUUUCCGUUUUCUUUUUUUGUUAAGUUACCAUCGGAUGUCAGAUUCUUCACAAUUAUCUGGGAUUUGAUUAUAGCUAUCAAUUUUGAAAUUGGUUGGAUUUGGAAAUUCUUUUCAAUUGG